UCAUCAUGGAUUUCAUGGGGAAAGAAAUCCACUUGUGCACUCAUCAAAUUUUAUGCUAUCUGAUUUACCAAAAGUAGAAACAAUUAAAAAAAAAAAGAAAAAAUUAAGUAAUCCACUUGCGGUGGUUCUUACUUCUUAGGCCGUGUCGAGGGGCCCACUCACGGCUAUCACCACCCAUUUCACCGCCUCUUCAUCUUCUUUCCAAAACCAGUGUGUCUGCAGGUGCUUCUAUAUCCAAGAGAAGCUUGCUGCAAUUGAGAAAAAAGGGCGAAAUAAUGCAGUAUGGAAGACACAGUUUUUGGGUUGCCUAGCAAAGGAAAUCGCUGGAAGAUAUGAGCAGAUGAGCAAGCACAAUUAAGAAAGAGCGUAGUUCCUGUUAUAUUUCAUUCAGAAUUUCUCUAGUAUAAUUGGAAAAUCUUGAGAUGGAGAUGCACAUUCAAGCCUUCCUAAACAGAAUAUCUGUAGUUGUUGCUACAAUUGCCACCCUCAUUCUUUUUUCCAUUCUCCUUCAUCCACCAGAAACUUGUAUUUCACAAUUUACUCCUCACAAACCCCUUGCAUUUCCUCGCUCGACAUGUGACUCUCACCAUCACCCCCGCCCUUUCUCCACCAUUGAGAAGAGAAACCAUCGUAUCUGGUCCACUUCUGCAUGGCUGAAUAAAGUAAAGUCAUUUUCACGUAUCUUCAUUGAUGCCCAGAAGCAUAACCUUACCCACUCAUUCAUCCUGUCCAAUUCUUCCAAGGCCCUCUGUCUCUUAGCUGGGGCAGGACAGGAGGUCAUGGCCCUACAACAGAUUGGCGUGUCUGAUGUUACCGCUAUUGAUCUGGUUGACUCCCCUCCUCUUGUUAGCCGUGCUGAUCCUAAUUAUCUGCCUUUCUUUGAUGAUGCUUUUGAUUUUGCAUUCUCUGCUCAGUUUGAUACGGUUUUGUUUCCUUCUCGGUUUGUUGCAGAGAUGGAGAGGACAGUUAGGGUUGGGGGUUUCUGUCUUUUAAUUGUGGAGCAGUGUACCAAUGAAGAGGUAAGAGAAAUUGCGGGGUUGUUUAAAAGAGGGGAGUUAGUUGGUGCAGAUAAUUUGACGUUUGGUGGAUCGAAAAUGUCAAGAAUUGUUGUGAGGAUUACCAAUUCCACGGCAUAUUGAUUGCAUAUGUAUGCUUUAUUAUUUGCUGAAUUUUCUUGUAUGAAAGCCAGCUCUGUACAUGAAAGAAGUUGUAAAUUACUCUUCAUCCCGAUCCCUUCAGCACGUACUCAGUUUUUUGGGAUAUCAGUUGUAAUUGUUGAAGUAGGACAUAGCAUAUACGAUUAUACGGAGUAAUCCUUGCAGAAUAGGAAAAUGUAAGAUUUUGCC